ACGUGAACGUUCGUUCGGCCGGCGGUGUGCAGAGAGCAUCAUCUCGGUGGUGGUGUGUCGUUUUUCAUCUAGCGAGUCUCCAACCCUCCCUUCCCCCUCCCUCCACACACCGUGCAUCCCCAAAAACUGUUCCAUGAGCGGUCUCGAGCCACCUCGUGGGAGACACGUAUUCCCAAAGAGGUAGGGAUUACGAAGACAAUACGACGACGCUGGGUUCCACUGCGUCGGACGAUCUACGCAACGUCGAUUCCCGGUGGCAGCACGCCGGCGAAUCCGUCGACGGGAGGUCUAAGGAGGCGUUCGUGUCGGUUCAGAGGGGCAUCGUACACAUAUAAUUCCGUAAAAGCACACGAUCUCUUUCCAUGAAUCUAUCGUUCGAACGGUGAAAAAGAGGGUGGUGGUGGUGGUGUGGCGGUGGUGGUGGUGUGGUGGUGGUGGUUGCUGCCGCAGGACAGGUCGAUCGCGUCCCAUGAACCCGCUUCCGCUUCCUCUACCCCACCUACCGUGAUUCUCUCUCCUCUAACCGGCAGAACAGGCUCUCGAAGAAGACGUGCACACGCAAACACCACGCGCACACACCCAAACACACCACGGGGCGGAGGAGAGAAGAGACACCCGCGGUGGCAGGUACUAGUACUACUACUACUACUACUACUACUACUACUACUAUUACUACUACUAUACCUAUCCUCGGAUCGUCUGCUACGUGGGGAAAGGCUGACACACAGGGGGGCUGACAUCACACUGUGGCGGUACGGGAGAGAUAUGCGCGUGCUAUCGAUCACGCGGCCUGAUCCAACGGAUAUGUGAUACCGGAAACGGGUACGGCAGGCUCGACCUGCGUGUGCAGGUGUGUUGCUGCUGAUACUCCUUCGACACCGCGUGUUCAUACAUACCGCCACACGUAUGCGUUAAUUGAAGGGAAUCGCCGCGAAGGGAGAGAGAGAGAGCAAGAGCAAGAAAGGGUGUGCGCGCGAGAAGUGGCACGCCGCGUGAGAUCGAGGCGAAACGUGUGAAUGAGGAUGCACGGAUACGAGGACGACGCCACGGCGACGACGACGACGUGCCCGACGUCGUUCGUCUAUGGGACGAAGAGGAUCACGUCCGUCGCCAGGAUCCUCUGCACGGUCCUCGUCUCGUGGUGGAUCGUCAAGGAUCAACUGGCGUUCGGGCAGACCGAUCCGCCGGAACUGACCACGAUCGAGGAUCUAAGCGGACGGGGCACGAGGAAGUUCGGCGAUCAAUGCGUGGAGGAUCGCGAGUGCGGCUUCGCAGGAUCGUACUGCGAGCCGAAGAAAAACAAAUGCGCAUGCAUGGAGGAGUUCGAGGCCACAAAUCACAUCGACAAGUGUGGACACUCGGCGAACGUGAACGAGUCGUGCUUUUUUAACGAGCAAUGCGAGGCGAAGGUAAUCCAGACCGAGUGCAGGGACGGACGGUGCAUAUGCAUCUUCGAGAAGAUCCCGGUGACGCAGUCGGACGGGCUGACAGUGUGCGUUGCGGAGCAAAAGGAGGAACCCAAUCUCCAAUAUGUCGACGCGACGAUGAUUGGUGUUCUCGUUGGUAUGGCCCUCAUGUUCAUCAUCAUCUGCGUCGUUCUUAGGCUUUUCAGCAAGGCUCGCUGGCGCGAGAAUCGUACGAUCUUCAAUACACCGAAUGCGCGUCUGAUGAACGUUUCGUUGCUGAGGGAGAACAAACUCUUACACCCGGGCGAGAGACGUGGUUCAAGGGCGAGCGUACGUGUACCCUCGAGGCAACCCUCGAUGGCCUCCUUGCGCGCCCACUCGCCGAACGCCUCGCAAGGGUCACGAACAGGAUCACGACGGGGAAGUCGCGGGAGCAGCGGGAACGCGUCAGCGGUCUCUACGAAAUCGAACAAGUCGCCGCCGAACCAGCCGAGUAACAUGACGGAAACCGUUUUGGAUAACGUCACCGUGGAAAUUUUCGAGGCGAAGGCGUAAAUCUGACAAAGAGAGAAAGAGAGAGAGAGAGAGAGGGAGGGGGGGAAUGAAAGAGAAAAACAAAAGAAAACAAGAAAAAAGAAUUUCCCAACCCUCUCAGUUCCCAGCACUCACGGACGGUCGGAGGGAAAACGUCCGAAGAAGACGAAAACCGUCUACGAAACUCUAUUUUUCACGUGCAAACUUCUCACACAAUUCCCCACGUUACGUUUCUCGCCAUUUUCUGUUAUUUCCCUUUGUCCAUUUUAGCGAGAUCGACACAGUUUGUCUUCGAUACCGAAACUUUUUCUAGGUCUAUCGCGACAACGAAGCCGCGCAAGUUAGCAAUAGCGAUCCCGAUAGAACUUCAUCGAGACUAUCGUUUUUCGAUAUUCGGAUGCCCAGCGAAGGGCGACGAUCCGAUCCGACUCUCAGAUAAUCGAAGGAAACGAUGUUACAAUUGAGAUAAUCAUUAUUUACCGAGAUAAUCAUUCUCUAACUUUAAUUGCCCGAGGGGCCGUGUGUCCGGUUUACUGUUUUCCAGUCGGUGUAAAUCGACAGCGAAAACCGGCUCGUAUGCAGUGGAAGCACGUGACACCGCUCCUGUCUCUCGUGAAUCAUUCGACGGCGUGUUAAUCUAAGAAAGGUGUAUAUGCUCGAAGAACGGGUAAAUCGUGAUUUCGAUGAAUCGCCGCUGAAACGACGGGACCCGGUGAAACAUGACUCGAUGCGAACGAGAUGAAAAAUUACAGGAGCAUAUCAUAAUUAAUCCGCGUGUUCUUGCACAAAUGAAAGGAAUCGCACCGGGAAAAGCAAUCUUCGAACUUCGACUCUCGAGUAGAUAGGUCGUUUCACAUUCCGCUGUCUAUAAGGGAGAAGAAGAAUUCAAAAAAAAAAAAAGACGCAAGAAAAACGUAACUUUUUCUACGACAAAAAAAAAAGACGCUUAGAUAAAUAAACGAAUCAUUCUAUCACCGCGAAGCAGAACUUCUUCCGUCUCUGAUCUAGUUCGUU